AUGGCAGCCCUCGCGCCACUCGCGGGAAGCUUCGCCCUCAUCUUUGGAGGAUGUUGCUCCAAUGUUUACUGUUUGGAAGCUAUCGUCAAUGGUCUUCUUAUAACACUGUUCCAGUUCAUCUUCACUUGUCUUUCGACUCUCCACUAUCAGUUUGACCCAAGGAGUCGUUACUUCAUCAAAUCGUCGCCCGUUCCAUUUCGCAAAUGGUGUGUCAGUGCUGUCCUGUUUUUCACGGUGAAUAUGCUGAACAACUGGGCAUUUGCCUUCAACAUCUCCGUCCCUGUACACAUCAUUCUACGCAGCUUUGGCAGUGUGACUACGAUGGUUGCUGGAUGGCUCCGAGGGAAGAAGUACUCCCCACUGCAGAUAUUCUCUGUGGCUAUUCUAACGCUGGGUGUGAUGGUCUCGGCUUGGGCUGAUGCAGCAUCAAAAGGAAAAUCUAUGGAUACAUCAAGCAUUGAUCUAACCAGCGCUUCACUUGAAAAGGGGCUCCUGAUCCUACUGGUUGCACAACUUCUUUCGGCUUGGAUGGGUGCCUACGUCGAAGAUGUGUACAUAGAGCAUGGUAAUGACUGGAAAGCGAACCUCUUCUACUCCCACCUGCUCUCUAUACCGCUCUUUGCCAGCUUUACUCCGAUCAUUUACAGACAAUUUGAGCGCCUCCAAUCGUCCCAGCCAUUCCAAGUCUCGCCAGCAAUCGCGGCCAACAUCCCCCCAAGUUUCAACAAAGCGCUUGCAUCAACAUCUCAACAUGUGGUCUAUCUCACAGCCAACGCCGUCACUCAACUGCUUUGCAUCACUGGAGUCAACAUUCUUAGUGCCAACACGUCCGCUGUUACUGUCACCGUUGUACUUAACAUCCGGAAGCUGGUUAGUUUCCUGCUCAGUAUUUGGCUGUUUGACAACCAAAUGGGCCCGAUGAUGAUGGUUGGAGCUGCGAUGGUGUUCGGCGCAGGUGCGCUAUACGGAUGGGAGACCUCGUACCGUAUUCCCCAAAAGAAAAAGGCAGCUUCACAGACGACUAAGAAGAGUCAAUGA